AUGACUGAUUCAGGAUCUACAAGCAACUCUGACGAAAAGAUACGGAUAGCAGCAGGAACAGCGACUGGGGCGGCUACAGGAGCAGGUAUAUGGGGCCUAACGUUGUCAGCAGUCAAUUUCAUUGGAUUUACAGCAACGGGGAUCACUAGCGGUUCGACGGCUGCGUCCAUGAUGUCAGCCGCUGCAGUCGCAAAUGGUGGUGGAGUGGCCAGUGGCAGCGCCGUUGCAAUUCUACAAAGCAUUGGAGCUGUCGGAUUGACGGCGUCAAUCGGUCCGUGUCUCAUAGCAGGAGGUGCCGCCAUAGGCGGUGCUGUAAUGCUGGCAAAGUCAAAUGUGUUCAAGAAAGCGGAUGAUGAGGGAGAUGAAUCCGCGGCAUCGGCUAACAAUGCGGAAGGCGAAAAAAUCUGGGUACUGGCCGAGAUCUCACUGGAAACGGAAAAGCCUGUAGCACAAUUUGUGAGCGACGAAGGUGAAGCACGUAGCGCCUUUUCAAGCUCAUCGGCAACCAGCAAGGUUUUAUUUGAUCCGGAAAAAAAAAUAGCGCUGGAAUACGCCUGGGACCACUCAUUGAUGUCGUAUGAAGAUGUCAUAGGGUGCGCUUCAUAA